CCAGUACAAAGUACAGGUACCGCAGCGACCAGUCUACACUUUUCGUCAACCGCCACUACGGGCUACAGCGCGACAACGCCAACUCCCCCACCACGCCACAAAGGCACAAGGUGGGACGGGAAGGCGAGUCGCGUAGAACGAGUACCGGCCGUCGUAGACCUACUACUAGCAACGUAACCCACGUCGUGAGCACAGCCACACGACCACAAAGAGAGAGAUCUAUAUUUUCAUAUAGCCCGCCGUCAUUUUGUGUUCUUUUUUUUUUAUAUCUUUCUUUGCUACAUAUAUUUAUAUAUAUAUCUACGUACACCCGGUACGGGGAAAAAUAAACCCAACCAUCGACACCCGAAAUUGUGUUUGUUUUUUUUACGCUCGAGUGUGCCACCCAACAUACCACACCAACGACCGGCUCUCCGCGGACCACCUACCACAACCGUCGUAGCCGCGUCAAAUUGGCUCCCCGCAGAGGAAUCAUCGCCUCAAGACAGCGUAAAGACAACAUGACCGGCCAACAGCAGGAGAAGUGGCAGCAGGUGGCCGAGUUAAUCCAACGGCUGGGGCUGGUAUCCGGUGGCCAGGAUGAGCCGCGAACAGCCGCCCAGGUCGCGAGGAUGACUACCCGCCAACUCCUGCAGGAUCCAGUGCGGGCGGCCAUCUACAACCGGGGCUGGGCGGACCGUACGAUGGACAUCCAGCGGAGGUUGCGGCCACACCGAACACCAUCAACAUCAACACCCGGCAGCCGCACACCGUCCCUGACAAGGCCACCACCCCCAGCAACGACACCUGCCCCCGUAACACCUGCGGAGCCGGCACCGGUACCCAGGCAAACGGGGGUACUCCCCGGCCCAACGGGAAAGGUGAGGACGGAGGCGCAGCAGGCACGGAACCGCCGGAAAUUCCAGCAGCUAAAGGAAAAGAGGAAAGCCAGGGAAAGCGAGGCAAGCCAACAACGUCGGCUUGCCAAGCAACCCGCGCCAACCUCAGACCCGGAAGCAGCCGGCACGCCUCCGGCCAACCCAACACCGAUGGAGGUGGACAAACCGGCAUCCAAGGACGGCAAGUCCGAGGAGCCGGGACAGCCCACCAGCCAGGAGUCACCAGACCAAUCAGAGGCCACGGUGGACAUAACCGAGGCAGAUUGGCUGGUGGCGUUCGAGGGGAUGCCGGAGUUAGACGACACACACUCGUUCUACACUCCGGUAGGGUCCCCAAAACACCCCCAGUAACACACACGGGCGCGGGCAAGUCUACCUCAAGCGAAAGCCAGAGGUAGUACAAGCCACCCCCUCCCCUAAUAGCACACAGACACCGGUACAAGUGUACCCCGUGUGACGGUUUGGCGGGGGGAGUAUGACGCGGUACGCAGCGGCCACCAGUACAAAGUACAGGUACCGCAGCGACCAGUCUACACUUUUCGUCAACCGCCACUACGGGCUACAGCGCGACAACGCCAACUCCCCCACCACGCCACAAAGGCACAAGGUGGGACGGGAAGGCGAGUCGCGUAGAACGAGUACCGGCCGUCGUAGACCUACUACUAGCAACGUAACCCACGUCGUGAGCACAGCCACACGACCACAAAGAGAGAGAUCUAUAUUUUCAUAUAGCCCGCCGUCAUUUUGUGUUCUUUUUUUUUUAUAUCUUUCUUUGCUACAUAUAUUUAUAUAUAUAUCUACGUACACCCGGUACGGGGAAAAAUAAACCCAACCAUCGA